AUGUUUUCAAAAAGAAUUCUUUUAUUGGUAGCCUUCUACUUGUUGAAAAAUGUUGCUGCUUUUGAUGCUUCCUCCAGUUCUAACGUUGCAGUUUACUGGGGUCAAAAUUCAGGUGGUGGACAAGAGAACUUAAGCACUUACUGUGCAUCUGAUGCUGUUGAUAUCGUUUUAUUAUCGUUCCUUUAUUCAUUUCCAGACAAUUUAGCUGUUGAUUUUUCCGAUGCUUGUUCAGAUACUUUCUCAGACGGUUUAAAGCAUUGCUCCCAGAUUGGUAAAGACAUCAAAACAUGUCAAGAUAAUGGAAAAAUUGUCUUACUCUCGAUGGGUGGUGCAAUUGGUAAUUAUGGUUUUGAUUCUGAUUCUGAAGCCAAAGAUUUUGCUGAAACUUUGUGGAACAAAUUUGGUGGUGGUUCUGAUGAUGAAAGACCAUUCGAUGAUGCAGUUGUCGAUGGGUUCGAUUUUGAUUUAGAAAAUCAGCAGCAAACCGGAAUUCCCGCCCUUGGUCAAGGAUUAAGAAGUUAUUUUGCUAAAGAUUCAUCAAAAACCUAUUACUUAUCUGCUGCUCCCCAAUGUCCUUAUCCUGAUGCAUCAGUUGGUGAUUUAUUGAGUGAGGUUGAUAUCGAUUUUGCUUUUAUUCAAUUUUACAACAACUAUUGUAAACUAGGAUCCAGCUUUAAUUGGGAUACAUGGCAAGAUUAUGCAACCAAUACAUCACCAAACAAGGAUAUUCGAUUAUACCUUGGGUUACCAGGUGAUUCAAGUUCAGCUGGAUCUGGAUAUACCUCUGCGUCUGAUGUCGAAUCAUAUCUUUCCGAUAUUAAAUCGGAUAAGAACUUCGGUGGUAUUUCAUUAUGGGACGCUGCAUCUUCUUGGAGAAAUACCAACAAUGGUAAGAAUUAUGCUCAGCAAAUGAAGAGUCUCUUAGGAUCCUCCGAUUCUGAUGAGACUUCCACUUCUUCAACAAAAACAGCAACUACUGGUUCUACAUCCAAAUCCGCUUCAACAAAGGCUACCUCCACUAAAGCAACUUCGACCACUUCUACUGAUGUCGGUUCUACUGCUGAUGUUAAAGCAGAACCUACAAGUACGAAUAAUGGUAACGUUUUAACCACAUACACAAGACCUUCUACAUUCAAGACUAUUACAACUACAGGUACCGUUAGCUAUAUAGUUACUUUGAGUCAAUCGCCCACCUUUGACGACGGAUUAUACAAAGGUAAUGAUUACCAUAAAUCGUCUCCUCAAGAUGGUCAGUAUGAUAAUUCGAAAUUUAAUAAUGGUCAAUGGGAAGAAAGUUAA